AUGGAAGAGCUAAACCAAUAUGAGGCCGAGAUUCGAGGGCUUACUGAGAAGAGAGAUGCUUACAAACAUCUCAGUGAGAAAAGUGAAGGGGAGGGUAAGAGCCUCCUAGCUAAGCUAGAGGUGGUUCAGAAGGAGCAUGCCGACCUGGUCCAACAGAAGCUUGAUCAGAUCGAGCAGCUACGGACAGAGGUAUAUACGGCGAAGGCCGAGGCCAAAGAAUGGAAAAGCAACAUGGACCGCUUGGCCUCGGAAAAAGAGACUGCUCGGGCACAAUUGUCUUUGGCUGAGUUCCAUCUUCGAGCUGUAAAGGAAAGGGCCUUGGUGCAGGCCAAAAAGAUCGAGGAGCUCCAGUCUCAGCCAAAUUUGGCUGUCUACGAUCGAGAAAAUCUGUCCAAGGAGCUUGAGACGGCCAAGUCGGAGGCCAAGGUGAUUAAAGUCGAUGCCGAUGAGAUGGUGGCCGUUUAUAAGGCCGAUGCCGAGGCGGCUCAGGUUCGAGCAAAGGAUAUCAUCGAGCAUGCAAAGCGGCAAUCUCGAAGGGAGGCCCUCGAGAAAAUUCAUGCUCAGGGUUUUGACUUAUCGCAUGAGAUUGAGAAUGCCAAGGGGCUCAAAGCCGAGGCUGAAAAAUUGGCCUAUCUCGAAGAUGAUAUUGAUUCCGAAGAUUUGGGCGAGUCUGAGGGUGGAGGAGACCCCGAACGUGAUGCGGCCCCCGGUGAAGACUAG